CUCCCUCCGUGAAUGGAAUACGGCGAACCCGACGGCGACGAUGAGCACGGCCACGAUCUGAGUACGACACGGGCUGAGAGCAGGACAUCGAGGAGGCGAUUUGUACAAGAGAUCUCGUGGUGCUGAAUCGAAGUCCGGUGAGAUGCGAAGCUGGAGGCGCCUUGCUUGGCUGCGGCUUGGAGUAGACGAUGGCCAAGACAGCGAGGGAGAGGUGAUGACGGAGGUUCUGUUGGUGGAGAAGCUUGGAACGGUGCCCUCGUGGUGGAAGGUUGAAGCUCGAGCUUGGCCAUGGCAAUGGAUUUAAGGUUUAUCAUGGAGGUUUUUGAGUAGACAAUUAUAAAAUCCAUGGGUUAGGUAGAUUUAGGAUAAUUAUUGAAGGGUUAAGGUGUUUAUUGUUAGAUCUACUUGUAUCUAUGCUUACUAAGUGUUUUUAAUGCUAGAUUAGACUUGAUCACUCUCAUCUAGACCUUAAGCUAUUUUAUGCCCGGAAGGUGUUUGUUAAAAUGCUUUAAUGAACUUAGUAUUGCUCUAAACUUACUUAACCAAAGAGAUUUGAUGUUAAGAAAGCUUAGAUGGUUAGUAGGCUAAAUCAUAAUGUUUGUUUAGAUAACAUUCAACCUAAGAGAUUAGAUGUUUGAGUUAUCUUUGCAAAAGGGCAUCCAUCUUGAAAAAGAGUUUGUCUAUUGAAGUGUCUAGACCUAUAGAGACUUGUGAUUGCUUGAAGCUUGCACCUUCAUUUGGAAACUAAUUGCUUAGAUCAAUUACCUUAAUCCCAUGGAUUCUACCUUAUCAUUUGAUUAAAAGUAGUUCUUGUGAUGGUUUCUAGAUUGGAUUUGAGAUCACCUUUGUUUAUAUUUUUAGGAUCUUAGCUUCUUACAAAUCGAACUCUCUAUUUGCUUAGCUUAAGAAGGUUUGUGUAUUUCUAGUGUUUAGACACUAGUUUCCUGUGGUUCGACAAUCUAAAAUACUAUAAUUGAUUUGCUCUAAGGCUUAAAAACCCUUAUCAACAUCUUCGUUAAAUAAAUACGAAGUCGUGAGCUGUUGAAUUUCCCCGGCCAUCUGAAUAGCUCCUGAGGAAACUAGACUAGAGACAGAAGAAGAAAAAGAGAUGAAGAAAGAGACCAAAGGAAACAUCUUUUUCUACACCACUCUCUUCCUCUCUUUCUUCUCAUCACUCGUCUUCUGUCUCCCCGAGGUAGCUCCUCGUGAUUUCCACAAGGGUGAUCCCCUUUAUGUCAAAGUCAACAAACUGACUUCUACCAAGACCCAACUUCCUUAUGACUACUACUACUUGAAUUACUGUAAGCCUAGUAGUAACAUCUUGAACAAUGCUGAGAAUCUAGGAGAGGUUCUCAGAGGAGACCGCAUUGAAAAUUCAGUUUAUACUUUUAAAAUGCUGGAGGAUCAGCCUUGCAAAGUAGCUUGCCGUGUUAAACUUGACGCCGAGUCCACAAAAAAAUUGAAAGAAAAGAUUCAUGAUGAAUUCCGUGCUAACUUGGUUCUUGAUAAUCUUCCAGUAGCUGAACUUAUACAAAGCAUAGAUGGAACACACUCAACUAAUGUACAGGGUUUCCGAGUUGGCUUGAUAGGGAGUUACGCAGGGAUGGAAGAGUAUAAAUAUUUUAUCUAUAAUCACUUGAGCUUCAGAGUUAUGUACCACGGAGAACAAGAGUCUGAUUCUUCUAGAAUUGUUGGGUUUGAGGUUACUCCCUACAGUAUCAUGCAUGAGUACAAGGAGUGGGAUGAAAACAAUAAUCAGCUAACAGCAUGCAACAAUGACACAGAGAAUCUAAUCCAAAGCAGUCAUGGUCCUCAAGAAGUUGAGGAAGGAAAAGAAAUUGUGUUUACAUAUGAUGUCUCAUUUAAGGAGAGUGAAAUCAAAUGGGCUUCUCGGUGGGACACAUACCUUGUCAUGAAUGAGGAUCAAAUCCAUUGGUUUUCUAUUAUAAAUUCACUUAUGAUCGUUCUGUUCCUCUUUGGAAUGGCAGUCAUGAUUAUAAUGAGAACUCUAUACAAAAAUGGAGGUGUCUUCAUGCCACCAGUGAACUCUGGAUUAUUGUGUGUAACAAAGUAA